AGUGCUGUGCUCAGUCGGCUGAGCUCGGAUCAUACCAAAUUUAGGGGGAAUUUGCGCGCUAUGUGCCUCAAAUAUUGUGUCGUUUUUUAUACAGUUGUCAGUCAGGCAUCUAACUGUGAAAUAAACUAGAUUCCAAAAAACCCUGGGCUUCUGAAACAACCCGGGCUUAAGCCCAGUAAGCCUCCCUACCCGCUCCGCCAAUGAUUUACAGCCCCAGGACAAAGACGAAAACCACGCAGAACACUGAACCAUUUAUUAAGAGAGUGAAGAUGGACAACUGGACAGCGGCUCUGCUCACUGGUGUUGCCUGCAUUGUGGGAUACCUGGUUGUGCGGGUGAAAAAGAUCAACAGCCUCCGACAGGCAGAGGAAAAGAUCAAGAGAGCCAGAAACAGGAGAGAUGAGAGCUUGCAGCGGGCAGAGCAGGCGGUGCUCCGGUACAAACAGUCGCAUCCGACAACCGACUCUGCUUUCAUCCUGACACUCUCCCUGUCUGAGCUGACACAGCAGCUAAAGGAAGGCUCACUUACCCCCGAGGAUGUGCUUUACUCUUACAUGGAAAAGACUCUGGCUGUAAACAAAAAGCUGAACUGCUGCACUGAAAUUUUGCUGGAGAGUUUGGACCAGCUGACAACUGUUGGCUCCAACAAGGAUGGUCUCUUGUACGGAGUUCCAGUUAGCAUCAAAGAAAAUAUUACAUUUAAGAAUCAUGACUGUUCUUGUGGUGUGAUCAUUAACCUGGACCAGCCCGCUGAAAAGGACAGUGUGCUUGUUCAAGUCCUGAAGAAACAAGGAGCUAUUCCCUUUGUGAAAACCAACUUGCCUCAAGGUCUUUUGAGCUGUGACUGCAGUAAUCCUAUUUACGGGCAGACUGUGAACCCUCAUAACCCCCAGAAGACCUCUGGAGGUUCAACUGGUGGGGAGGGGGCUCUCAUCGGGGGAGGGGGCUCCCUGCUUGGUAUAGGCACUGAUCUAGGUGGCAGUAUCCGUAUUCCUGCAUCCUUCUGUGGAAUCUGUGGUUUCAAACCAACAGCGGGUCGGCUCAGGUGGGUCUCAUUCAGUCAGUUUCCUGGAAAAUUAUUAUACAUUGCUGAGAAAAACUUUUAUCUCACCUUUUGUGUAAUGAUUAGUUCACAGGGAGUUUGUCCAACUUAUAGAGGGCAAAAGUCAGUGCUAUCUUCACCUGGACCCAUGGCAAGAGAUGUGGACAGCCUGGCUCUGUGCAUGCAGGCACUUCUUUGUGACCACAUGUUUUCUUUGGACCCCACUGUUCCACCAUUACCUUUUAACAUGGAGAGAUACAGAACCACCAAACCUCUAAGGAUUGGUUGUUUGGAAAACGAUGGCUACAUGCAUCCAUCUCCAAGCAUGGCCCGAGGCGUUAGAGAGGUGAAAGCUCUGUUAGAGCAAGCAGGACACACAUUGGUCCCUUACCAUCCACUGAAGAUGGAUGAAAUUUUCCCUGAACUAAUGGUAAAGGGUUUUUUAGCAGAUGGAGGUACCAGCCUGUUAACCAAACUGAAGGGGGGACCCGAGGACCCUUGUCUGAAGGGACAGUUUCAUCGUUACCGUCUUCCUAAGUGGUAUAAGACAAUCCAUUCAUUUCUGCUCAAAUCUAAGUCUCCUCGUGUCUCUGCCAACAUGAGGGCUCUUUGUGGAGUUCGAUCUGUUCCUGAGCUGUGGAAGCAACAUGCUGCUGUUGAGGACUACAUUCAAGAGACAAUAGCACAUUGGAGGAGCUGCAACAUCGAUGUACUGCUGUGCCCUGUGAUUGGACCAGCCUACAACUUGUUUUACUGUAGCAAAAUUCCAACUGCUAUUAGUUACACAGUUGUCUACAAUCUCCUUAACUUUCCUGCGGGUGUAGUCACUGUUUCCACAGUGACCGCAAAGGAUGAGGAGGAACUCAAGCACUAUAAGGGCUGUUAUCAGGACAUGUGGGACAAACUCUUCAAAGAGGCAGUGACUGGAGGCGAGGGUCUGCCUGUGGCGGUCCAGUGUGUUGCUCUGCCGUGGCAGGAUGAACUCUGCCUGCGCCUCAUGAAGGAAGUGGAACAACUGGUCAAACAGAGCAAGAAGUAAAGCUGCUUUCAUUCUGAGUCUCACAUGAAAGACUGCAGACUUCAGAGGAGACACGUUAACUUGAUGUUAGGUUUUGUAUUGUUGAUUGCCAAUUAUGCUUAGAAAUAUUUAACCAUAUAUGCUUAGAGGUGUAUAAUCAU